AUUUCCUUGCAAAUCAAGAAAAUGAAGGCUUUAUGUAGAGAGAGACCUUGAGGUCCAUGAUUCCUGUCAAAAAUUAAUCCAUGGAGGGAUUAUUAGUGAUUAUUCUUGUUAUUGCAAGUUUUAGUUCAAUAUCAACAGAAAAUGUAGGCAAUGGUAAUGCAAAUAAUGUAAAAUGUCGAGCCACAGAUCGUGAAGCGCUUCUUGAUUUCAAGAAUGGCCUGAAUGAUCCUGAGAAUCGACUCUCGUCAUGGCAUGGUAUCGACUGUUGUAUCUGGAGGGGCAUUGGAUGCAAUAAUGCUACAGGUUCUGUUACCAAAAUAGACCUUCACAAUCCAUAUCCAGACUUGACUACUAGUGCCAGGUAUGGAUUCUGGAACUUGAGUGGAGAAAUUAGGCAUUCAUUGCUGAGUCUCAAGUCAUUGCAGCACUUAGACUUGAGUUCUAACACAUUUGAUGGCGUCCUGAUUCCUGAAUUUCUCGGUAAUCUAAAGAAUUUGCAGUAUCUGAACCUGUUCGAUGCUGGAUUCAGUGGUAUUAUCCCUCCAAAUCUUGGAAACCUCUCUAAUUUGCAAUAUCUGGAUGUUUCUUCAGGAUCUUUAAGCUUAACUCUUGAUGGUUUCCAAUGGAUAACUGGACUUACUUCAUUGAAACAUCUUGAAAUGAAAUCCGUUGACCUCUCUUUAGUUGAGUCGAAUUGGCUGGAAAUGUUAAACAUGUUGCCUCAUUUAACCGAGCUGCAUCUUGCAUCGUGUUUCUUGUUCGGUUCCAUUUCAUCACUUGAUUCUGUUAAUUUCACUUCACUUGCUGUUAUAGACCUUAGUUUUAACAGUUUCAACUCAAUGUUCCCUGAUUGGCUUGUCAAUAUCAGUAGCCUUGUCUAUGUUGAUUUGAGUAAUUGCAUGCUUAGAGGAAGGAUUCCUCUUGGAUUCGGCGAUCUUCCGAAUCUAAAAUACUUGAAUCUUGCCAUGAAUGGCAACCUUAGUGCCAGUGGCCAAUCACUUUUCAAGGGUAAUUGGAAAAUGAUAGAGGUUCUUGAUCUAGCAUUGAAUCAAGUACACGGGAGACUUCCUGCUUCCAUUGGAAAUAUGACAACUCUCACUGAUUUUGAUUUGUUUGAUAAUUCUGUUGAAGGUGGAAUACCAAGCACAAUUGGCAGGCUCUGCAAGUUAGUAAAUUUCGAUAUAUCUGGGAAUAAAUUGACAGGAAGUUUACCUGAGAUACUCGAGGGGUCGGAAGACUGUUUUUCCAAGAGUCCUUUUCCCAACUUGGUUCAGUUAAAAUUGACCGGCAAUAACUUAACUGGUAGAUUACCAGAAUGGUUGGGUGAGCUCAAAAAUCUUGAGGAACUAUCACUUGUUGCCAACUUGUUUGAAGGCCCUAUACCAGAAUCUUUAGGGGCACUCCAAAAUUUGACAGAUUUAAAUCUAGCAGGCAACAAAUUAAAUGGAACUCUACCUGAGAGUAUAGGGCAACUUUCAAACUUGUCUUUUCUUGAUGUUUCUCUUAAUUCUCUAACUGGCAUUUUAACCGAGGCACAUUUCUCCAAGCUAAUCAAGCUAAAAAUUUUAGUUCUUUCUUCUAAUUCCUUUGUUCUGAAUGUCAGUUUGGAUUGGAUUCCUCCAUUCCAAAUCCGUAAUCUUGACAUGGGCUCCUGCAACUUGGGACCUUUAUUUCCGGCUUGGCUUAAAUCGCAGCACGAGCUUAUGUACCUCGGCCUCUCCAAUUCAAGCAUCUCAGGUUCCAUACCUAACUGGUUCUGGGACCUCUCGUUUAAUCUUUCACUACUUAAUGUCUCUUUCAAUCAAUUAGCAGGUCAAUUGCCAAAUUCAUUUCAAGUUAUUCCAUAUGCGGAUAUAGAUUUUAGUUCCAACUUUUUCGAAGGAUCCAUUCCUCUUCCUGGGGUUCCAAUAGAGCUACUUGAUCUGUCAAACAAUAGAUUCCGAGGUCCCAUUCCUCAGAAUAUCAGUAAAUUCAUGCCAGACUUGAUUUUUCUCUCUCUUUCUGGUAACCAACUCACAGGACAUAUACCAGAUGAUAUAGGAAAUAUGGUGUUACUUCAGGUGAUAGAUCUUUCCGGAAAUAAUUUAACUGGAAGCAUCCCUACAAGUGUAGGAAACUGUACUUAUCUGAAAGUCUUAGACCUUGGAAACAAUCGCAUUGUCGGUUCAAUUCCAGAUUCUUUAGGCCACUUGAAUCAGCUUCAGUCACUACACUUGAAUGACAACAUGAUCUUGGGUGAGCUACCAUCUUUAAAAAAUUUAUCGAGUUUGGAGACUCUGGAUCUCGGAAACAAUCAGUUAGAAGGUAGUCUUCCACCAUGGAUUUCUGAAGGCUUUUCCAGUCUCAGAAUCCUUAACUUGAGGUCAAAUGCAUUUUCAGGGGAAAUCCCCCCUGAGCUUUCGAACUUAAGUUCUCUCCAGGUUCUUGAUCUUGCUGAAAACAACUUCACAGGGCGAAUUUCACCAGCCUUUGGACACCUAAAAGCCAUGGCACAAGAGCAAAGGAUAAAUAAAUAUCUCUUUUAUGGGAAGUACAGAGGUCUGUAUUUCGAGGAAAACUUGGUUGUCAAUUUGAAUAUUCGACCUCAGCUGUUCACCAAGACUCUCUCCCUCUUGACCUCUAUAGAUCUAUCUGGAAACAGCUUGUAUGGAGAGAUUCCAGUGGAAUUGACAAAAUUGCACGGCCUUAUGUUUUUGAAUUUAUCAAGAAAUCUAGUCAGUGGCCAUAUCCUAGAAAGCAUUUCGAGCUUGCGCCAAUUGGUAUCCCUUGAUCUUUCAAGUAAUAAGCUCUCUGGUCCCAUUCCUUCGAGCAUAACUUCAUUAUCAUUUCUGAGUUAUCUCAAUUUGUCGAACAACAAUUUAUCGGGUAAGAUCCCUGAAUCUGGUCAGAUGUCAACAUUUAAUGCAUACGCCUUUGAGGGUAACACUGACCUUUGUGGAGCUCAGCUUGGGGUGAAGUGCACCGAUGAAGACUCGAAGGGUGGAAACAACACACAAAAUGGGAACAACGAUUAUGACAGCAAUGACAAGUUCAUCGAUAGAUGGUUCUAUCUAAGCAUAGGCCUAGGAUUUGCUGCAGGCAUUCUCAUUCCUUACCUUAUUUUAGUGAUCAAAAAACCAUGGAGAGAUGGCUAUUUUGAUUUUGUGGAUAAGGUGGCUAACAAAUUAUUAUCUGUUAGCAGCAGAAAAUUACCUGCUAAAAAAUGAUGAAAGUGUGACACAUUCUCAAAGAUGGAGCCUUUUGCUUUAAAUUCCUUGUUUAGAAGCUUUGAACUGAAUCUUAUUGUACAAAAAAAGUAUAUCUUUGUUAUAGUGUGUGAAAAUGAACCUUGUUUUGUUAGUUUGAAUUAUAAAUCAGAAAUAUUUUUUUUACA